AUGCCCUAUCCCAAUCCUGAAUACCCCGCCGCUCGACGGUGGUACGCCGUAGAGGAGCUCGUUGAAGAAGCCAUGGCUGCGGCCGACGUUGUAGGGCUGGGUCGAUGGGCGUCUAUCAAUCAGCGGUUUCAGUACCUCAUCCAGGGCAUUGUUCAAAGACGGACAAAAGCAGCGGUAGCGAACUUUGUUCACGCUGAUGAUCUUAGUGCCUUUUUCGCGGUUCUCGACAAGACGGACAGUGCCAUUGGUGGAUCCACUGCACUUUCCGUCAUUACCCCUCACUGUAACUGGAAGCCCCAUGAUUUAAAUGUUAUGGCGCCUCAAGAUAGCAGUGGGCGAUGGCUGGCCUUUUUUCGACAUCAUGGCUACCAAGGGCAGGAGAUUUGUUUGGGCGAACUCGGAGAGUACGAACAUCCGAGGUAUCCAGUGCUGCAAGGUACGGUUGCGCAUGCGGUGUAUUUGUUUCAGCACGACAAAAUAAAGGUACAAGGAUUUACAGCACUCCGAGAGUCGAUACUUACCGAGUUCCAGAAUGACAUCGUUCUCAUCAUCAGCAACAGCAAUUCCUGUAUGACGCCGAUCAUUGGCGCCCAAACUACCAGCCAAAUGAACGCCGUAACUAGCAGCCACAUAUAUUGCUUAUAUCCGAGUCUCACUACCCAAUCCAUCGCUCUGCGAGGGUAUUACGCCAAUCCCGCAGACAAAUACUCGCCGAUGGCCCUGCUAUCCGACCGACGGGAUCAACUGCGCGUACAACAACUGACGUACCAUGAAUCCAGUUUGGACCUAAACUGA